AUGAGAGCCUACGCAGCGACCCCGGCCGUGGCCACGCUGCCGUCGGCCGCGCCGCCGCUGACACCCGACGCCGCGGCCGUGCUGUCCCGCGCCGCGGCCGACGCGUCCAGGCGCCGCCACGCGCACACCACGCCGCUCCACGCGGCGGCCGCGCUGCUGUCCGGCCCGGCGCCGCUGCUCCGGGACGCCUGCGCCGCGGGGCUCGCGUCCCCGCACCCGCUCCGCUGCCGCGCGCUCGACCUCUGCUUCUCCGUCGCCCUCGACCGCCUCCCCACGUCCACGGAGCUCCAGCACCACCACGACGCCGCCGCCUUCCAUGCGGCGGCCGCGCCGCCGCUCUCCAACGCGCUCGCGGCCGCGCUCAAGCGCGCCUACGCGCACCACCGCCGCAUCGGGAGCGGCGGCGUCGAGGCCGACGACCACCGCAUCGGCGUGCCGCACCUCGUGCUCGCCAUCCUCGACGACCCGUCCGUGGCGCGCGUCAUGCGCGAGGCGUCGUUCUCUAGCACGGUCGUCAAGGCCGCCAUGCUCAGGUCGCUCUCCGACCCGGCGGCACCCGACGCCGGCGCGUACGUCAGCGCCAGGGUGAUGCACCGGCAGGCCUCCCAUGGCCGGGAGGAGGAGGUGGCCAAGGUGGUGGAAGUGCUGAAGCGGGGCAAGAAGCGCAACCCGGUGCUCGUCGGCGACACGGUGGACGUGGACGCCGUGGUGCAGGAGGUGGUCACGCUGAUACAGAGGCAACGGCUCGGCAACGCGCGCGUCAUCUCCUUCCCCAAGGAAUUCGGUGACCCUGUCGACAUGGACAGGGCACAGCUCACCGCCAAGAUCAAGGAGCUCGGCGAAGCGGUGAGAUCCGCAUCGAGCAGCGCCGGCGUCGUGGUCAACCUCGGCAACCUGCAGUGGCUCGUCGAGGAAAGAUGCGCGGCUCAUCAGGGCGAGCAGCAGGAGAAGAGGAGGGACGUGGUGCUCGACACGGCGCGAGCCGCCGUAGACGAGAUGGCGCGCGUUCUGAACCUGUCCAGCGAAGGGGAGCACCGCGUGUGGGUGAUCGGCACGGCGACGUGUGCCACGUACAUGAAAUGCCAGGUGUAUCACCCGGCGCUGGAGAGCGAGUGGGACCUCCAGGCCGUGCCCAUCACGCCCAGGCCUCCACCGCCGCCGCCGCCACCGCUUGGGCUCUCGCCGAGUGUUGGAGCUAACAGGGGCAUCCUGAGCAGCUCGGUGGAGGUGUUGUCAACGGCGAUGACGUCCCCAAUGCAACGGGCGCCGAGCCUUUGCAGCGCCUGCAUAGAGGGCUACGAACGCGAGCGCGCCGAGAUGGCUUCAUCGGAGCGCGCUCCCUGUCCGGCCGAGCAACCGAUGUCGCUGUGGCUGCAGAUCGGCACGCCGAGCAGCGGACGCCCGACCGACCGCGCGCAGGAGAAGGCGCGGGAGGCUGACGAGCUGCGACGCCGGUGGCGCGACCGGUGCGCGCAGCUGCACUCGCAUGCCCGCCCGCCGCUGGUCACCUGCUCCGAGUGGAACGGAGCUACCAUUCUUGCCAACAUGCAGGCGCCGCCGCCGGUGGUACGGCCACCGGUGCAGCCUAGGGGUGCCGUGGACACGGAUCUUGCGCUUGGCCUGGCGGCGGCGAGGCCGGCGUGUGAGACGGACGAUAAGCUGCUCGUGAGACGGCUUACGGAGGCGGUGAGAUGGCAACCCGAGGCUGCUGCUGCUGUGGCCAGUACGAUCGCGAAGGCCAGGUCCCGCGAAGCCAGGCGGCUCGGCAAGGCCGACGUCGACGCGUGGGUCCUCUUUGCCGGGCCUGACGUGGCCGGGAAGAGGAGCAUGGCCGAGGCGCUGUCCAAGUCUGUCUUCGGCACGGGGGCCGUCACCGUGCGCCUCGGCUACCCGCAAGCCGGCGACGACGGCGGCGAGUCCGUCGUGUCGUGCCGCGGCCAGACGGCGCUGGACCGCAUGGCGGAGGCGAUACGGGCGAACCCGUUCCGCGUCGUCGUGCUGGAUGGCGUCGACCACGCCGACAGCGUCGUGCGCGGGUCCAUCCUACGUGCGAUCGAGUCAGGCCGGCUCUCGGACUCGCACGGCCGCGACGCCGCUCUCGGCACCAACAUCUUCGUCGUGAUGUCGCAGUGGUCGCCGCCGUUGCCGGAUCACCUGAGGAACUCGCAGGAAGCCGAACCCUUUCUUCCUGACCUGCCAUGGAACCUGGAGCACGGGAUGAUCACCAGCGGGAAGAGGUGCAGGCUGGAGCAGCAGCUUGACGGAGACCGGCGCACAAAGGCACGUAAACACUCGGCACGGGAGCCGCUUCCCCUGGACUUGAAUCUGUCCAUGUCCGAUGACCACACCGAUGCCGUAGACGACAGCGGCGGCGAGGGAUCACGGAACUCGUCCAGUGACCUCACCGUGGAGCACGAGCAGGAGUACGGCCAGCCCGCUUCCGCCAGAUGCUCAGCGCCACCAACCGUGUCCGAGCUCAUCAAAGCUGUGGACGGAGUGGUCGUGUUCAAGCCACCGGUGAACUUGGAGCCACUGAUGAAACGGAGCGUCUCCGACUUGGUGGUGCCGGCGGCGAAGUUCGGGGACAUCACGGUCGGCGGGUGGUCCGUUCACGUCGACGACGGCUUGCUGGGCAGGCUAGCCGCCGGUGCCGCCCGGGCAGCUGGAGCGACGGCGGCCACGCCCAUGGAGGCGUGGACCGGCGAGGUGCUGUGCCCUAGCAGCUUACGGCAGUUCAAACGUAGCAUGAGCACCAACGACGUGGACGGAGCGACGGUGGAAGGCGGCGGACGGAGAAAGGACGGCGAGAUGUUCCCGAUGAUGCCGGUGACGGUCGACGGCAACUGA